CUUCAGUGAUUCGCCCUUCGAGAUUACACUUAUUUACUUGUAGUAGCACGGAUAUGUGCUGCCAUCUUACACUACUUUAGAGCAACCAUAUUUAAAAAAAUAAUUAUGCGCGCUCUAAUGUGGGUAUCUCUUACACGUUUUGUGUGGCUGCCAUCGCGCACGUAUUUUUUUAUCGUUAUUAGUUAUUUGGAUAUUUUAGUGGGUUUUUUGUGUUUAAAUCAUGGGAAAACGAAAACACCACGACGAAGAAGAGUAUUUGGCUCGAAAAAUCAGAAAAUACGAGAAAAAGAUGUCUCGAGUUCGCCGUAAACAAAGGAGUUACCGCAGUGCAUCCAUUUCAAGUUUAGAACGUGAUCGAUAUUCGGAUAACGAAUACCCCGGGUCGCCGCAGGAGACUCCACAAAACGGAGGAGCCCCUUAUGAAGUAAAUUUUACAUUAAAUCAAACUUCACAUUCAAACGUCUCGGCUACCAAUAGUAUAUCCGUGCCCGCACCGACGGCAACUUUUGCUCCCGCACCUGAUCCUACUUCUGUUGUUAUACCCGUGGCCACGUCCACGCCAAAUAUACCGCCGCCGCUAGAAAAUGCGCCUACGGAAGGUAUACAGGAAUUAGACCUACAACCUGAUAUUUUGUGUUUACUCGGAGAAGAGCCUGUGAGGGAAGAGAAGUUCGGUGUGAAUGUUCACAAAGACAUUGCUAGCCGCUGGUCUGAUAUAUUAGUUAAUGGUAUUAAGGAUCAAACUAAAAAUGAGAUAUUGAAGGCCUAUAAUGUACCUGAUAAUCUUAGAGUUGCUCAGGCUCCGACACUUAAUCCUGAAAUAAGAGCGGCGGUGAAUGAAAGUGCCUUGAAGAGAGACGAUAUUCUGAUUGAUAAACAGAAGAUUUUGUCUGUUGUCAUAACAAGUUUGGCAAAUACAAUCACGUCUGUUUUGACAACUACUUCCAUCGACGAGACGUUCAAGUGUCAGAUGUUAAAAUGCCUUAGUGAUGCCGGUAGACUCUUGUGUCAUGCACAUUAUGAUGAGACACAAACUAGAAGGAAUUUUUUGCUGUCGUGCCUUAACAAAGAGAUCAAAGAUAGUGUUAAGGACCUUAAACGUGAUCACAUGUUAUUUGGUACUGAUCUUCAAGAUAAUUUAAAAUUUAUGAAAGCUAUUAUAAAAACAGGUUCCGAGUUAAAAUCUUCGGCUGCUAAGCCGAAGUUACCACCCAAAAAUUUGCAACCGAAAGGAUCAACUCCAAGGGCUUUAAACUGGAGGGGCCCGCCACCGCCGCAGUCACAGCCUCGCCGCGCGCCAGCGAGACCGAACCCGACGGCUGGUGGGCGCAAGCAGCAGCCAUCAACGCGCCGUGCGACGGACCGUCGUGCUCCACGUCAGCAGAGCCGGCCCUCGCGCCGCUAGCCGAGGUGAACGGCACUAAUGUACAGGCUGGUAGAUUGAAAUAUUUCUAUUAUAAUUGGUUACACAUCACGAA